CAUUUAAUGAUCGGGGUGAGCCCUUUAUAGUCUGGGCGGGCUCCACUCCGUGCGUGUGGCGAGAGCCUGUCCCUUGCUCUGGGGACAUCCCAGUGCCCCCCAGCGGGAUGGGAUCUGCGCCUCGGGGCUGCUCCUGGUGUUCCUGGGAUCCUCCCAUGCAAUGGAGACUCCAUCCCGAUGUCCCUCGUGCCGGGGGCACCCACCUGGGACCUGUCUCAAGCCCCUCAGUGCGAUGGGACCCUCCUGUCCCCCAGGCUGGCCAGUGCUGCAGGUGCCGGCGGGGCCACUGCUGGAGGGGGACACGGUGACACUGCGCUGCCGGGGCAGGCGGGACAAACCGGUCUCCGGGGUGCGGUUCUACCACGGGGAGAAGGAUUUGGGAGAACCCCUGUGGGGGUCCGAGCUGUCCCUGUCCCCCCUGAGGCUGCAGCACAGCGGCCAAUACCGCUGCGGAGCCUGGGGGAAUCGGUGGUUCUCACGGAUGUGGCUGCAGUCGGAGCCGGUGUCAGUGACAGUGCACGAGCUCUUCCCGGUGCCGGUGCUGGAGGCUCCGGCCGAGCUGCUCGCGGGGUCCCCCCUGAACCUCAGCUGCCUCAGCAGCCGCAGCCCCCUGCGGCCCCUCACCCCCCUCGUGCACCGCUUCUACCGGGACGGGCGGGAGCUGGGGGGCCCGCAGGGGUCCCCGCAGCUGCUGCUGCCCGCCCUGGGGCUCUCCGGCUCGGGGAAUUACAGCUGCGAGGUGCAGAGCCAGGGGGGGGCCGUGCGGAAGAGCAGCGCCCCGCUCCGCGUCACGGUGCUCGUGCCCGUGGCCAAUGCCACCAUCAGCCCCGGUGCCCUGGGCCAGCAGGUGCGCGCAGGUGAGCCCGUGAGGCUGCGCUGCUCGGUGCAGGUGGGCUCAGCCCCUGUCACCUUCACCUGGCUGCGCCACGGCCGGGAGGUGGCCCGGGGUCCCCUGCUGGAGCUCGCCCACGUCGGGCUGGCACAUUCGGGCACCUACCAGUGCGUGGCCACCAACCAGCUGGGACAGGACGGGCACCGCGUGUUCCGGGCACUCAGCCCCGAGCUGCUCCUGGAGGUGACAGCGGGGGGACACGGCCACACAGCUGCCAGGAAGCAGCAGGAGAGGGCCCCCCCGGCCCCCCCGGAGGAGGAGGAGGAGGAGGUGCUGUACAGCCGCGUGGUGAGCAGCCAGCGGCCAGGGGGUGACACAGGGCUGGGACACCGGGACACGUCACCCAUCGCUGCCGCCCCCACCCAGAGCCCACGGCCGGGGGCUCUCGCAGGCUCCCCCCGCGCCCCCACGCUCCAGGACCCCCGGGUGAUCUACGCGGAGCUGCGGCGACCCCACGGGCGAGCCCGGGAACGCGGUGACAUCGACGGGGACGUGCUGUGACACCGGGGGGGCUCUGGGGGAACUGGGGGGCAGCGGGGAACCCCCCACCCACGUCAGUGUCCCCCUCCCCACUGCUGUGGGGUGCUCAACAUUCACGGGGGG